CCCGUGAGGCCGCGCCGCCCGCCGCCCGGACAGAAAUUCCCCUCCUCGAGCGGCGAGCGAUUGGGCCGGCCGCGCGGCGCCGGAUCAUCGCAUGGCGGAGAUGCACAAGUACGGGCUGCCCAACCAGCCCCCAGAUAUUCCCCAGAUACUGCAGGACGCUCAGAACCGGUGGCUGCGGCCCACCGAAAUCUGCCAGAUACUGUCCAACUACAAGAAGUUCUCCAUUGCGCCCGAGCCACCCAACAGGCCUCCAAGUGGUUCAUUAUUUCUAUUUGACCGCAAAAUAUUGAGAUACUUCAGGAAGGAUGGGCACAUCUGGAGAAAGAAGAAGGAUGGCAAGACAGUCAAGGAAGCUCAUGAAAAGCUCAAAGUUGGCAGUGUUGAUGUACUUCAUUGCUAUUAUGCCCAUGGGGAAGAGAACGAGAACUUCCAAAGACGGACCUAUUGGUUGUUAGAAGAGGGUUUUAUGAAUAUUGUUCUUGUGCACUAUCUUGACAUCAAGGGUGGCAAACAAAGUUUUAUUCGUUCGAAAGAAGCUGAAGAUAUUGCACGAUUAUCAAGUGAUGAUAGUCCUGCAUGUUCAAAUUCUUUCGCUAGUCAGAGCCAGGUAGCCUCCCAAACUAUGGAUGCUGAAAGCCCAUAUAGUGGCCAGCUUUCGGAAUAUGAAGAUGCUGAAACAGAUAAUUGUCGAGCAAGCUCCAGAUACCACCCUUUCGUUGAGAUGCAGCAGCCUGUGGAUGGAGCCAUGAUGGAUAAUCUGUUGGGUGCCCCAGCUCCAAGUACUUCCUUGAAUAAUCUAGGUUAUCAAAAUGAAAAGCAGGCUAUAACAGCUAACAUAAGCAAUAAUUUUGUUACUCACCAUGGUGUAGCUAGUGUAUUCAAUGAAACUGGAGCUGGAUUAAGGACUGAUUCGAAAACGGGACUUGAUUCAGGACACUUCAGUGAGCCCUUCUCAUCAUAUCCAACAGGGUUCACGGAGCCAACACUCUAUUCUUCUGUUGCCACAAUGGGGUCUAACAAUCUGGAUGGCAACUCUCGGUUAGAAACACUGAUGACUGAGGCACUGUACACAAACAACCUUACGCAAAAUGAAGCUGAUGCGCUGAGUGCUGCAGGCAUGACGUCCUCACAGGCAUGCUCUUCUUUUUUGCUUACUAUGGAGUCCAUCACAUUCAGACUACUUGCAGAGGUGCACAAUGAUGGUUAUACAGAUGCAAGCAUGAGAUAUCCGCUAUUAAAGCAGUCAUCGUUGGACCUCUUUAAUAUUGAGCCCAAUGGUUUGAAGAAAUUUGACAGCUUCUCGAGAUGGAUGAGUGACGAACUUGCAGAGGUAGCUGAUUUGGAUAUCAAGUCCAGUUCUGAUACUUUCUGGAGCAGCGCUGAAACUGUCAAUGUUGCUGAUGUCUCUAGUAUUCCUAUCAACGAGCAACUGGAUGCAUACGUAGUCAGCCCCUCGCUUUCCCAAGACCAGCUCUUUAGCAUUAUUGAUGUUUCUCCAAGCUGGGCGGACACUGGCUCAAAAAUUAAGGUCUUGAUUACUGGUACAUUCUUGACAAACAAAGAACAUGUAGAAAAUUGCAACUGGUCAUGCAUGUUUGGGGAUGUUGAAGUACCGACAGAGGUUUUAGCAGAUGGCUCCCUGCGCUGCUACACGCCAUUGCAUCAAUCUGGGCGGGUUCCAUUUUAUGUUACAUGCUCUAAUAGGGUAGCUUGUAGUGAAGUAAGGGAAUUCGAGUUUCGUGAUUCUGAAACUCAGUAUAUGGAGGCGGCAGAUCCUCAUAUUACUGGCAUUAAUGAAAUGCAUUUACAUAUCCGUCUUGAGAAGUUGCUUUCACUGGGACCAGAUGACUAUGAAAAGUAUGUUAUGAGUGAUGGAAAUGAGAAAUCUGAGUUAAUCAGAACUAUAGGUUCCCUGAUGCUUGAUGAUAAUUUUACAAACCUGGCAUCACCGUCGGAUGAAAAAGUUUUGUCCGCUGCACAGGAUAAGAACCGUGAGAAACUUGUCAAAGAUAAGCUGUAUUAUUGGCUUAUCCAUAAGAUACAUGAUGACGGGAAAGGUCCCAAUGUGUUAGGCAAUGAAGGACAAGGAGUAAUCCAUUUAGUAGCUGCACUUGGCUAUGAUUGGGCUAUCAGACCAAUUAUUACUGCAGGUGUACAUGUGAACUUCAGGGAUGCUCGUGGAUGGACUGCACUUCACUGGGCUGCAUCAUGUGGAAGAGAGCGAACAGUCGGUGCCCUCAUAACAAAUGGAGCUGCAUCUGGGGCAUUAACAGAUCCAACUCCUCAAUUCCCAUCUGGAAGAACGCCUGCUGAUUUAGCAUCAGAAAAUUUACACAAAGGCAUUGCGGGUUUUCUUGCAGAGUCUGCCUUGACAAGUCAUCUUUCAGCACUCACAUUGAAAGAAUCAAAGGGUGGCAAUGUUGAAGAAAUAUGUGGAAUAGCAGAAGCUGAUGGCUUUGCAGAAUCAAGUUCUGGUCACCUUGCCUCCCAAGAUUCUCAGGCGGAGCCAUUAAAAGAUUCACUUAGUGCGGUUCGUAAAUCAACUCUAGCUGCAUCCAAAAUAUUUCAAGCUUUUCGGGUGGAAUCAUUCCACAGAAAGAAGGUGGUUGAAUAUGGAGAUGAUGAUUGCGGAUUAUCUGAUGAGCGCACACUUUCACUUGUUUCUCUUAAAAAUGCCAAAUCUGGACAGUAUGAUAUGCCACAUUCUGCUGCAGUGCGUAUCCAAAACAAGUUCAGAGGAUGGAAAGGAAAAAAAGAGUUUAUGAUUAUUCGACAGAAAAUCAUCAAGAUACAGGCUCAUGUAAGAGGACACCAAGUAAGGAGAAACUAUCGGAAGGUAGUCUGGUCAGUGGGUAUCGUGGAGAAAGUUAUACUGAGAUGGAGGAGAAAGGGAAGGGGUUUGCGUGGUUUCCAACCUGAGAAACAAAUUGAAGGGCCAUCGCAGAUUCAACCUGCAGAAGAGGAAGAUGAAUACGACUACUUGAAGGAUGGCAGGAAACAGGCUGAAGGCAGGCUACAAAGGUCCUUAGAUCGUGUGAAAUCAAUGACUCAAUACCCAGAAGCAAGAGAGCAAUACAGUAGGCUGCAAGCCUGUGUUACAGAACUACAAGAGUCCAAGGCAAUACAGGAUAAGAUGCUAAGCGAUAUAGCGGAUGUGGACGGAGGCGAUUUCAUGGCUGAUUUGGAGGACUUGUGCGGGGAGGAUGACACACCAAUGUCCACUAUUUCGUGACGUUGAUGAGCUUUACUAGACCAGUUAGGCUGUGACUAGUUCGUUUUACCAGACUAGCUGUAAAUUCUCGUGCUAGAUGUUCACUUCUCACCAUUCGACUCAGUAUAGCUAAUACAUGGAUGUUGCAUA